AUGCAGGUGAACUAUCUGGAUGAAGAGCACCAACGUGCGUUUCAAAAUCACAUCAACCUUCUAUUCGGAUACUCGAAACCAAAUAAAAUAUAUGUGGAUCUCGAAAGACUUCCAGAAAUCAGUAAUAUAUCUGACACACUUGUCAAUGGGGAUACUGUAGAAAUCAGGGAUCUGAAGGAAUAUUUUGAAAAGUGUCCGAAUCAAAAUAGUACCCGAGUGAAGCCAAAGAUAACCGGAGAUCUUCAGGAAAUGACGUCAUCAUUCGGAGUCGAGAGCAUUUUUUUUUGA